AUGAGCACCGGGGUUUGCACUGAUGCGGCUGGGCUGGGAGUCACAGCUAUGGCGGAAGUGGCUUCCGCUGGAUCUUCAGCCGCUGCUGCUCUCGGUCUUCUGGCAGAGCUGGUGAGCUCGCUGCCUCGCAGCUGGCAGACGGUUGCCUCCUGUGGUGGAGACAGCGGUCAGGUGGGUGAAGGAAGGCGGUGCGUGGUGGAGAAGGCGGUGGUGGUGGAGGAGGAGGCGGUGGUAGUGGAGACGGUUGUGGUGGAGAAGGGGGUGGUGAAGAAGGCGGUGGUGGUGGUGGUGGAGAAGGUGGUGGUGGUGGUGGAGGAGGAGGCGGUGGUAGUGGAGGCCCAUAUGGCAUGA